CCUUGUGGCAUUGCUGGUGUGAGCUCCCCUUCCAGAAGAACUGCUCUUGCCCAUCUCCCUCUCCCUGGGAACAGCUGAAGCAGGGCGUGGAGUGAUAAAAAUUUAUGUUUUCAUCAAACCGGGCCAAGGAGAAUGGGGGUCCCACACCCAAAAGAAUGAAGACACGACAGAACAAGGACUCGAUGUCAAUGCGGAGUGGACGGAAGAAAGAGACUCCAGGGCCCCGAGAGGAGCUCAGGUCACGGGGUCGAGCUUCUCCCGGUGGCGUCAGCACCUCCAGCAGUGAUGGCAAGGCUGAGAAAUCCCGACAAGCCACAAAGAAAGGCCGGGUGGAGGAAUCGUGCACCCCCAAAGGCAGCAAGCAGGGCCGAACAGAAGAGAUCUCGGAGAGUGAAGGGGAGGACACCAACGCCCCUAAAAAACCCAAAACAGAGGAGUUGCCCUGUCCUCCAUCCCCAUCUGAUGUUGACAGCCUAGAUGGCCACAGCUUCAAUGAUGAGAUGGGCAGUGACCCACGGGACAUUGACCAGGAUAACAGGAGCACUUCUCCCAGCGUCUACAGCCCUGGCAGUGUGGAGAAUGACUCCGACUCCUCCUCCGUGCUGUCCCAGGGGCCGUCCCACUCCUACCACCACCCGCCACUCUUCCCGCAGAGCCCACCGUCCCGGCUGGAGGGGCAGGCUUCCCGCAUUUUCCAGUCUCAAGCCCCGCAGCCGCCUGCCUCCUCCUCCUCUGCCAUUGCUGCUCCUUCUGCUCCCCCUUCCUCCUCCUCCUCCUCUUCCUCCUCCUCCUCCACCCAUGCUUCUCUUUACCCUGCGGCCAACGUGGUCCAGGUUGGGGCCAAACUCGCCGGCGGAGGAGGUGUGGGGGGGCUCCCCGCGCCGGGGGGUCGCGAGCAGCCCCUCGGUGCCAAGCACAACCCGCCCCCGGCCCCCCCGCCACCGCCGCUCCCCCUCAGCACUGCACAGAUUAAGCAGGAGCCGUCGGAGGAGUAUGAGCCCCCCGAGAGCCCCGUGCCACCCGCUCGCAGCCCCUCGCCGCCCCCCAAGGUCGUGGAUGUGCCCAGCCAUGCCAGCCAGUCAGCCAGAUUCAACAAACACCUAGAUCGUGGCUUCAACUCCUGCUCUCGCACAGACCUGUACUUCGUGCCCCUCGAUGGCUCCAAGCUGGCCAAGAAAAGGGCAGACUUGGUGGAGAAGGUGCGGCGAGAGGCUGAGCAGAAGGCACGGGAAGAGAAGGAGCGGGAGCGGGAGCGGGAACGAGAGAAGGAGCGGGAGCGGGAAAAGGAGCGGGAGCUGGAGAGGAGCGUGAAGAUGGCCCAGGAGGGCCGGCCGGUGGAGUGCUCUUCCCUCGGGCCGGUUCCCCACCGCCCGUCCUUCGAGCAGGGCAGUGCUGUAGCGACUGUUCCCCCGUACCUGGGCCCUGACACCCCGGCUCUGCGCACCCUGAGCGAAUACGCGCGGCCCCACGUCAUGUCCCCCAGCAAUCGCAACCACCCUUUCUACGUGCCGCUGGGUGCCGUCGACCCAGGCCUGCUGGGGUACAACGUGCCGGCCAUCUACAGCAGCGACCCGGCGACGCGGGAGCGGGAGCUGCGGGAACGGGAAGCCCGCGAACGAGACCUGAGGGACCGGGACCUGCGCGAACGCCUCAAGCCUGGCUUUGAAGUCAAGCCAGCCGAGCUGGAGCAGCUCCACGCGAUGCCGGCCGCUGCCAUGGAUCCGUUCCCGCGCCACGGCGGGCUGAGUCUGCAGACAGCCCCUGGCCUUCAUCCUGCUUUUCCCUUCCACCCAGGGCUGGGCCACUUGGAGCGGGAGAGGCUGGCGCUGGCAGCUGGCCCCACCCUUCGUCCUGACAUGUCCUACGCCGAGCGCUUGGCCGCUGAGCGCCAGCACGCCGAGCGGGUGGCUGCUCUCAGCAACGACCCUCUGGCCCGCCUGCAGAUGCUCAAUGUGACCCCUCAUCACCAUCAGCAUUCCCACAUCCACUCCCACCUCCAUCUCCACCAGCAGGAUGCCAUACAUGCAGCCUCAGCCUCUGUUCACCCUCUUAUCGACCCUCUCGCCUCGGGAUCACACCUUACCCGGAUACCAUACCCAGCUGGGACCAUCCCCAACCCUCUCCUGCCUCACCCUCUACAUGAAAAUGAAGUCCUGCGCCACCAGCUUUUUGCCGCACCCUACAGGGACCUGCCGGGCUCCCUCUCCGCGCCCAUGUCGGCAGCACAUCAGCUGCAGGCCAUGCACGCGCAGUCAGCCGAGCUGCAGCGCCUGGCCCUGGAGCAGCAGCAGUGGCUUCAUGCCCCCCACCCCCUGCACGGUGUGCCGCUCCCCACCCAGGAGGAUUACUACAGUCACCUGAAGAAAGAAAGUGACAAACCCCUUUAA